GUGAGGUAGCCCGUAGCCACAGCCCCAGUCCCACGAAUCGGUGCUCCACACACACACACACACACACUCAGAGAGCCGAUAAGAGCCGUGCUCUGUGUUUCCGUACAGCGCCUGGCACCGGUUUCCAUUAUUUUUUGCUUUUUAUUUUAGUUCCAGUUUGAUUUUGCUAUAUUUAUUUUGUUUUAAUUUUUUGUUUGCCUUGUGCUGUUUAAAUUAAAGUGUUGCAAAAAAUAAGACAAUAUAACGAGUGUAUAUUUAAAAUUACAUUAAAACAUCACAACAACAAAAACAACAAGAAAAGGAACCGAGUGCAGUUGGUUUAUUUGUUUGAUUUGUUGUUAUCAAAACAAAAGGCUUAAAACUUGCGUGUGUCAAAGUACCUGUCUCGCAGUGUGGAUAUCCUUCAAAAUCGAUCUGUGAAUGGUGAUCAUGGCGCUGGCCUGGUCCAGUAACAUGAGUGCCCGUCGCCAUGGCUUAAGUUUCAGUCUCGCCUCCUGCCGCCUGCUGCUUUGUGGCUUAAUUCUGUGUGCGGUUUCACAUUUGGAGGCCCGCGAAGAAGGCGAUGCAUGUAUGGUGAAAGAGAAUCUGCCGGGAGUUUGUCAGACUUCAUCCAAGUGCGAGCCACGAAUUGACAAAUAUAUCAAAACGGGCAAGUUGACCGUUGACAAGGUGCCCAGCUGCGGCCUGGGCCCGUACGAGGAGAUUGUCUGCUGUCCGACUAUCGACUGCUGCGAGGAGGAUAAGGGGCCGGAGACCACGACGAUACGAACUAUUCAAGCCACGCCCACCACUCGAGUAGAUGUAUCCGAGCAGGAGCGACCAGCUGUGCGAGCUUGUCGCUUGUUUGAGGAGCUCCAAAAGGAACGCCAAAGGGAGGGCCAAAAGGAGGCCUUAACGCUCCAUAUACUGGACGGUAUUCCGGUGGAGCCUGGUGUAUAUCCGCACAUGGCGGCAAUUGCGUUUAGUAACUUUGGCACCUUUGUCUAUCGUUGCGGCGGUUCGCUGAUCUCAAAUCGCCAUGUCCUGACGGCUGCCCAUUGCUUCAAUGAGGAUUUGCCCGUUCAUGCUCGCCUGGGAACGGUGGAUAUCGAACAAUUGGGCGAAUUUUAUCAAGACAUUGCCAUUAAGGAAAACAUUGCCAUACAUCCGGAAUAUGUGAGCACCAGCAAGUACAAUGAUAUUGCCAUACUUGAGCUGGUUGAGGAGCCCAGGCUGAGUCUAUAUAUCUCCCCGGCGUGCUUGGAAACGAAUCUGUUCGAUCCUCCAGAAACUGCACAGCUCUUUGUUGCCGGCUGGGGCACCAUGAAUCAGACCACUCGACGCCAAUCGAAAAUAUUGCUGCGUGCACCCCUCAAUACUGUUCCAUUGGAUCAGUGCAAUGUCAGCUUUUCCCAGCAGCCGAAUACGAAGCGCUUCCUAAAGGAGGGCGUCAUUGGGUCGCUGUUUUGUGCGGCGGACAGGAAAUUCAAGAAGGCGGAUGCCUGCCAGGGUGACUCCGGUGGUCCGCUGAUGCUGGAACGGGAUAUUGUGAACAACAAGUAUAGCAUUGUGGGCAUCAUAUCGUCAGGCUUCGGCUGUGCAACCAAGACCCCGGGACUGUACACACGUGUCGCCUCCUAUUUGGGAUUCAUCGAGCAGAUCGUGUGGCCCAAUAAUGUUGUUUAACCAAUUACUGAUAAGCAAGUCGAUUUUAAAUACAAAUCUCAACAAGUUUUACUCUAAUAGCUUAAGAGUUUGACCAAUCUCUUAAAGUAAGUUUUAAGAUCCGUAUGACGCUCAAUUAAGACACAUGAACUGACA